AAGUGACAAGUUGGUUGGAUUCAAAUGUUUUCAUGAAAACACUGUGUAUACCUAAGAGUCCUUCAAAAGCAUCUCUCUUUAUCGGAGCACAAAAAUAAAUAAAACCAGACCUGUGCUCUCAAAUGUACAUGAUUAAUGAUGAAAGAAUUAGUCUAGGAAAGUCUUCGCGCCCGUACGUAGACAUGCUUUGCCUUUCUGAAAUGAGAAAAAAUCAAGUCACUCUCCGCAUACAGUGCCCCGGAUCACACAUAUCCAAAUAACCAUAAAAUGAGUCUUCAUCAUUCAUCAUGAAUUACCAGACAUGAGCUCUUACACGUAAAACAAGAAAACAUUUUUUUUCUUCUCACAUGAAGGAAUUGCUCUCUCAACCGUCCUCUCUCUCUUCCCUCAGUCCCCUCCCCUAAAAUGAGUUUUCUUUCUUCUUUGGGAUGUUUCUCGCUCACCCACUCGGAGGGGGGUGUUAGUGAAAUUCCAUUCCACUGAAAGACGGAACAACAGCCAUCUGAGGUGCACAGUCCAGAAAACUCCAAACAUUAGGAAGAAGUGGUGUGCAUAGACAAUCCUCAAACUGUCAGAGCUAAACACUUUUCGUCUGGUGAAGGAACCAUCUCCUCGUUCUUUCGAACUUUUGUGGGGAUAAAGAGUUGAAGAUGCAGACAUCGAGGGUUCCUCCGUGUGCAGUCCUGCUCGCCCUGUGCUGCAUUGUGACAUUUAUGAUUAACACUGAAUUAGUUGAUGCUGCAAAAUCCAACACGAGCAGCAGAGACGUCCAGACGAGGAAAAACAGCAGCAUUCAUUCAAAAAGAGACGAAUUACAGGACACACCUUCAGAAGAUAUUCAAACGGAUGAAGCGGAUGUUGAGAAAGAAAAACCGAAGAGUAAAAAGAGUCCUGAGGAGGUGUUAGCUGCCAAGGCAAAGAAAGCAGCCGAGAAAGAAGCCAAAGCCAAGAAACCCAAACCGACGAAGAAACCAAAGCCACCAAAACCAACCAAGAAACCCAAACCUCCAAAACCAACAAAGAAACCCAAGCCACCAAAGCCCACCAAGAAAUCAAAGGCACAGAAGACCACCACGACACCAACCAGAAAGCCAGCGGUGGAGGAAGAAGAGAAGUUGCUCUUAGAGUUGGAUUGGGACACAUUAUCUCCAACAGAAUCAUCAAAGACUGAAAUAAAGAAACCAGACCAAGAAAUCCACAGCAACAAAGAGACCACAACACCGCCCCUUAUCAGAGCACAUGACCCCGAUUACUGGGAUGCAAGACAUGAAGUUCCAGAACCCGACCUCAUUCCUGAAGACAAAAAGCCCAAGGGCAGCACAGACGACCCGCGUAUAUACUUACCCAUCCCAGAGGAAACCAGCAGUUCUCCUCCAGCAGUUACCGCCUGGUAUGAAGAAUACGAUUAUGCUGACCUGGCCACAAAGAAACUAGAGGAAGAAAUGGAGAAAGAAAGAAAAGCCAAAGAAGAGAAAGCCGAAAAACUUCGGAAAUUGUUGGAAGAGGAGGAGGAGGAGGAGAAGAGAAAGCAGACGCUUCCUCCCGCCGAGCCAAAGAAAUGUCCUCCUCUUGGUCUGGAGUCUCACCGUGUGGAUGACGAUCAGAUAUUGGCAUCUUCAAUGUCUCAUCAUGGAUUUUCAGCCCUGAGAGGACGUCUGAACAUGCAGAAAGUGAGACGAGUGUGUGUUCAGAGUUCACCGGAUGAGGAGGAUGUGUACGGUGGAGCGUGGUGUGCCGACACAGAAGAGAAGGAGAAUUGGUUUCAGCUGGACGCCCGGCGUGAGGUGGAGUUCACCGGAGUCAUCACGCAGGGCAGAAACUCAGAAUCGCACAACGACUUUGUUUCGUCAUUUUUCGUGGCCUUCAGCAAAGACAGCCGUGAUUGGACGGUGCUUCACGACGGUUACGCUGAAUGGCUCUUUUAUGGGAACGUGGAUAAGGACACGCCCGUGAUGACGGAGUUCUCGUAUCCCGUGGUGGCCCGUCACAUCCGUGUCUUGCCGCAGAGCUGGAACGGCAGUUUGUGUAUGAGGCUGGAGGUGCUCGGAUGCCCGUUACCCACUAGUUAUCCGACCGAGAACGACGUUCAGCCCACCGAUGACCUAGAUUACAGACAUCACAACUACAAAGAGAUGAGACAGAUGAUGAAGGUGAUAAAUGAAGAAUGUCCAAACAUCACCAGAAUAUAUAACAUUGGCAAAAGCUCGCAGGGGAUGAAGAUGUACGCCAUGGAGAUCUCAGAUAACCCUGGAGAACAUGAAAAAGGUGAGCCGGAAUUUCGUUACACCGCAGGGCUUCACGGGAAUGAAGUUCUGGGCCGAGAACUUCUGCUUCUCCUGAUGCAGUUCCUGUGUAAAGAGUACAACGACGACAACCCACGAAUCCGCCGCCUCGUGGAUGGAGUUCGCAUUCAUCUAGUGCCGUCACUCAACCCUGAUGCCUACGAGCUCGCCUACGAGAUGGGCUCUGAGAUGGGAAACUGGGCUUUGGGUCAUUGGACAGAGGAAGGCUACGACAUUUUCCAGAACUUCCCAGAUCUGAACAGCAUUCUGUGGGGUGCGGAGGACAGGGGAUGGGUUCCACGGAUUGUUCCAAAUCAUCAUAUUGCCAUUCCAGAGAAUUUCCUCAACGGUUCUGUGGCUGUUGAAACCAAAGCCAUCAUCGCUUGGAUGGAGAGGACGCCGUUUGUUCUGGGGGCUAAUCUACAGGGCGGAGAAAAGAUUGUCGCCUACCCCUUCGACAUGCAGCGUCCGGCCCGGGCCGACGACAGAGGGAACCAGCCGGUUCUGCAAUAUCACCAGAUGAAUGAAGAGACGUGGGCCAGGAUCCAGCGACAGAACGAGGGCGCCCUGCGCGAGACCGCCGACGAAAACCUGUUCCGCUGGCUGGCCAUGACGUACGCUCACAGUCACCUCACCCUGACGGAGACCCACCGCGGUUCCUGUCACACAGAUGACAUCACAGGCGGCCAGGGCAUCAUCAACCGUGCCAGCUGGAAGCCUGUCGUGGGCAGCAUGAACGACUUCAGCUAUCUGCACACCAACUGUUUCGAGAUCUCCAUCUUUCUGGGCUGUGACAAAUUCCCUCAUGAGAGUGAACUGGCAAUGGAGUGGGAGAACAACCGAGAGGCUCUGCUGGCUUUCAUUGAGCAGGUGCGUCGUGGUAUUAAAGGGGUUGUGAGAGACGUAGAUGGGAAUCUUCUAGCAAAUGCCACAAUCUCGGUGGAGGGCAUCAAACAUGACAUCAAAACAGCUCCCACUGGUGAUUACUGGCGACUUCUAAACCCCGGCGAGUAUCGUGUUACGGCGAGGGCAGACGGGUACUCAUCGCAGUCUCGUCUUUGCAUUGUGGGCUAUGAGCCCACGGCAACACCCUGCAGCUUCACUCUGACUAAAUCUAACUGGGCUCGGAUCCAACAGAUCAUGGCUCAGAGUGGCAAGAAACCGAGGUUGGCCACCAACAGCAAGGGAAGCCCAAACAGCCGCGUCAAUGUUGAGAGUACAAGGAGCACUGCGGCCCCUCAAAACGAGCGUCUGCGCCGACUGCGUCUGAUGCGUCUGCGCAGGCUGCGACUGGAGAGGAUGAAGGGCAGUAUGACCACAGUGGCCACCACAACGACCACCACCCCUCCACCCACUACAACAACGUCAACAACAACCGAGGCCACGACCUCGUGGUACGAUUCAUGGUUUGGAGGGGACAGUGUAACCACUGAAGACUAUAACUUUGAGUACAGAAUCGAUGAUUAUUAGAAGUGAAGUAUAAUUGGCCUCAAGUGAAAUAUUGACGUUAAUGUUCAUUAUCUGGUAUUUUAAAUUCAUAAACUUUAAGGCUAUCAGAUUACAGAACAAGUUCUCUGUGGAACAGAGUAUGAAGUCAGGAAAAUAUCGUUGUUAUUUAAUUCAAGGUAUCUUGUGGAAUGCUCAUCAGAAUGAGAUAAAAGAUGGAGAUUUCCCAUUAGGAUUUACAAGCUGCCAUCACAUUACAUGCUUGUGUACACCACUAUUAUAGUGUACACAUUUUUGUAAUAAAAUGUCUAAAUCUAAUUUCAUUCGGCUUUUUUAUUAUUAUUGAUUUGUCAUGUGUAAUGCAAAACUGUAUACAAUUAUAUACAAAUAACAUGUAUAAUAUAUAUUAAAUAUAAUAUAUUACUUAUAUAAUA